AUGGAGUUGAGAAAUGAGUUUAGCAGCAAAUCUGGCUUUACAAAAAUUACCAAUCCCACAUGUGCUGACACUAAACCAAAGUGCCCAUCUGCCGUUGAAGCUACAUCCAUUGCUGCAGUUGCAAUGGGGGCAGAUCAGUCGACUGCUAAUAGUAACAAACCAACCACCGCUGCAAACGCUUCGGAGUAUAAAUCAUACAAUAACCCAAACGAAGAUGACAAAUACGUUGAGAUUAGCUGA